GCGAAUAUAUAUUUGAUACAUUUGAUUUGGAUUACGCUAAAUUUAUCUUAACUUUCGAAACUCUAUCUAAAAAUUGUAAAACGAGGUAAAAUCUAGUCUCCACGUCAGUCAUUGACAGAAUAUAUGUAUGAUUGUAUCUUCGUAUUCACGUGUAUUUGCCCUGGUGACCAAAAAUGAAUCCUUUUAACGGUCGUACGCCGGGCCAAUUCUCUCGUCGUCGUCAAAACCAUGGCAGAUGCUUCCGAGCCGUAACCUUUCCGAUUGUCUAUAAAUUAACCCUUUAAUUCACCCCCACCCCCAAACCUAAAAUCUUGAAUUUUGCGGAGAAAAGUGAAAAUGGUGGAAGGAGAGACCCGAGGUCUUAGAAAAGUGACUAUUCGAGUAUCGGACCCGGACCCGUACGCCACCGAAUCAUCCUCCGACGAGUCUGAUCGGGUAACGCGGCCGAAGGGAGUGGUCGGUGAAGUUUUUAUCCCCAAGUCCGCCGCCGUAGCAGCGCCGUUGACCCGACCGGAGAAGGACGGUCCGGAGAAUGUUCCGGGUCAGGAAAUCGGUUCGGGUUCGGGUCAGGGGAAGAAAUGUCCCGGGGUUCGGAAGAGGCCAUGGGGGAAAUGGUGUGCGGAGAUCAGAGACCCUCAGGUCCGGAGGCGCGUUUGGCUGGGGACUUUCGAUUCUCAGGAGGAGGCGUCGCGGGCCUACGUUUCCAAGAAGCAAGAAUUCGAGGAAAUCGCGAGAGCCAAACAGGGAACAAAGAGUAAUUCAACGGCGACGAUUCUCCCCGUCGGGGUCCGCGUCAGCAAAAAGACCGGAAAAUUUUACUCAGAACUCCCAAACCCAACCGCCGGCACCCGAAAAAACCGUCUCGGCCCAUUCGAGACCGCGGAAGAGGCAUCGGAGGUGUACCAAUCCAAGAAAAACGAGUUCGAGGAAUCCAAGAAACCCGAGUUCGAGGAAUCCAAGGUAUCCCAAUGCGAGGAAUCCGAGGUUGUUGUCGGUGAUGUUCCGAGCUCAGAUAAUUCCACCACUAAUGGCGGCGGCGGUGGGGGAGGAGGAGGAGGAGAAGAUGAUAGAGAGAAGUUGUUGGGGCAGUGGGUAUCAAUGCCUGAUGGGAGUGAGGUCUGUUUCUCAGUCAAAUAUGGAAUCCCAAUCAUUGAUAAUUAUGGAAUGCUGAUGAGUGAAUUUAGGAGAUUAGAUGAUGACCUUUGGAUCUGCGGCCCUGAAGAUGAUGACAAUCAACCUAGUCAACAUCAAUUUCCGGGUAACCCCGACCCGGAUAACCCAGACCAAGAUAGCUAAAUAUAUAAACUUGUAACAACAAAGUUACAGUUUCAGUCAAUUAGCUGAUUUAGUUCUUUACCGAUCAGGAUUACAAAACAUGAAUUACUCAUU